CUGUCGCCGGGUGAUUUUUCUUUCUUUUCUAAAGUUAAAGUCAAAUGGAACAAGGAAACGUACGAUCUCGAGUUGAACACCACCGAGACGCCAAAUGUCUUCAAGGCGCAAAUCUUUGGACUUACCGGCGUCAGCCCUGAACGCCAAAAGGUGAUGUUCAAGGGAUCCGUCAUCAAAGAUGACGAAUGGAAUCCAGCAACUCUCAAAGUUAUCAAAAACGGCGCUACCUUUCUCAUGAUGGGCUCUUGUGAAGAACUGCCCGAGGUUCCCAAAGAUAAGGUCGUCUUCAUGGAAGAUAUGAACGAGAACGAACUUGCAUCUGCUAUGGACUUGCCGGCUGGACUCUUUAACCUGGGCAACACUUGCUACCUGAAUGCCACCAUUCAGUGCUUGCUCACCGUGCCCGAGCUUUGCGAAUGCUUGAAAAAUCACACUGGAACUGCAAGCCUGGGAGAGUCAUUUGACGGUUCACAUGAUAUUGUUGCCGCCCUGCGUGAUGUUAAUGACAAGAUGGGCAAUACAGCGGCUGUUAUGCCGAUUAUCCUGCUUGAAAUGCUGCACAUUAUGUUCCCCCAGUUUGCCGAGAAGGGAGAAAACGGCCUCUUUGCCCAGCAAGACGCCAACGAGUGCUGGUCUGAGCUGGUAAAGGUUCUUCAACAGAAGCUGAAGAUCAAGGCUGGCGAUUCAGCAGCCGACUUCAUUGGCAAGUACUUUGGUGGUCAGUUUGUUUCAAAGAUGACCUGCAAAGACAAUGACCAAGAAGAGGCGACCACUUCUACUGAGUCUUUUUUGCAGUUGAGUUGUUUUAUUUCACAAGAUGUCAAGUACCUUCAUUCUGGCUUAAAAUCUCGCCUAGAAGAAGAAAUCGUCAAGCAAUCGCCGACACUGAAUCGAGAUGCCCAUUACUUAAAAUCUUCCAAAAUCUCUCGACUUCCUGCAUAUUUAACGAUCAACUUUGUCCGCUUCUUCUACAAGGAAAAGAACGCGAUAAACGCCAAGAUUCUAAAGGAUGUCAAGUUUCCUAUGAAUCUUGACCUCUUCGAUCUCUGCACUCCUGAGCUGCAAGCCAAGCUUCAGCCAAUGCGUCAGAAGUUUAAGGAACUCGAGGACAGCAAAGUCGAACGUGCUCAGAAGGCUGUCGAGAAGGACGCCAAAAAGACUUACUAUCCGUUCUCGUUUGAGGACGACACUGGCUCGAACAACUCCGGUCUGUACACGCUGAACGCCGUACUUACUCACAAGGGUCGCUCCAGCUCGAGUGGCCACUACGUCGGCUGGAUCAAGAAAAACGACCAGUGGUUCAAGUGUGACGAUGACAAGGUGUCACCGGUGCACGUUGAAGAUGUGCUGAAGCUUUCCGGUGGAGGCGACUGGCACUGCGCCUACGUUCUUCUCUACGCUCCCCAGUUGAUUGAGAAGACAGAGUGA